GGUAGUAUUCUUUCAGCGAUGGCGACGCUCGUGAACGUAUUUUCGAAGGGCACUCGAUUAAGUAAGAGGAUAAGGUUUCUGUAUCACUAUGGAGAAAAAUAUUACAGCAGUGUAGCAACACCUAAGAUCACAACGCAUUACACAGUUCAUCCAAGGGAAAAUGAUCCUCGCUGGAAAGAUGUGGAUAUGGAGAGGUAUGCAGAUGAAGCAGAUGUACUUAUUGUUGGCGGAGGUCCAGCAGGACUGUCAGCAGCUUGUAAACUCAAACUCAUGGCUAAUGAACAAGGAAAGGAACUGAGGGUGUGCUUGGUAGAGAAGGCUGCAGAGAUUGGUGGCCAUACCUUAUCAGGUGCUUGCAUUGAACCUAGAUCUCUGGAGGAAUUGUUUCCAAACUGGAGAGAAAUGGGAGCACCACUUAAAACAGAGGUGAAAGAAGACAAAUUUGCAUUUCUCACUGAGAAGGGACGAAUCCCUAUCCCUGUACUACCAGGAAUGCCAAUGAGUAACCAUGGGAAUUACAUAGUGAGGCUUGGCAAUGUUGUGAGAUGGCUUGGUGAGCAAGCGGAGGCAUUAGGAGUAGAGAUAUACCCAGGCUAUGCUGCUAGUGAGGUACUAUUUCAUGAAGAUGGUAGUGUGAAAGGAAUAGCCACAAAUGAUGUUGGAAUACAUAAAGAUGGAUCACCAAAGGAAACUUUUGAAAGAGGUAUGGAACUCCAUGCAAAAGUGACAAUAUUCAGUGAGGGUUGCCAUGGACAUUUGGCAAAACAGUUGUACAAAACUUUUGAUCUCAGGAAAGAUUGUGAACCACAGACUUAUGGAAUAGGAUUCAAAGAAUUGUGGGAAAUAGACCCUGCACUUCAUCGUCCUGGGCGAGUUGAGCACACAGUUGGAUGGCCUUUUGAUAACACAACAUAUGGAGGAACAUUUUUGUAUCAUUUAGACGAAGGUCCCCUCAUUGUUGUUGGCAUUGUGGUUGGACUUGAUUACAAAAAUCCUUACUUGAGUCCAUUCAGGGAAUUCCAGCGAUUUAAGCACCAUCCCUCUAUUGAACCUCUGUUCCGCUCUGGUAAAAGAAUAGGAUAUGGUGCACGUGCACUAAAUGAGGGGGGUGUACAGUCUAUCCCCAAACUGACGUUCCCAGGAGGAUGUUUGAUAGGUUGUAGUCCAGGGUUCAUGAAUGUGCCUAAAAUCAAGGGAACCCACAAUGCCAUGAAGAGUGGAAUCUUAGCUGCAGAGUCUGUGUUUGAGCUAGUUACUGAUGAGGAAAAAGUUUCACAAUCACCAACAACAGGUUUGGAGCCAGUCAAGUAUGAGGAGAGACUGAAGAAUAGUUGGUUGUGGAAGGAGCUUUAUGCUGUCCGCAAUGUUAGACCUUCCUUUAACACAGGUUUGGGAACAUUUGGUGGCGUGCUGUAUACUGGUCUGUUUUAUUGGAUAAUGAGAGGAAAGGAACCUUGGACUCUUCAUCAUGGAGGACCUGAUAAUGCAAAAUUAAAACCAGCUAAGGAGUGUCAAAUCAUUGAGUAUCCAAAGCCUGAUGGGGUUGUGAGUUUUGACCUUUUGACCUCAGUGGCCUUGGCAGGAACCAAUCACGAUCAUGAUCAGCCAGCCCACUUGACAUUGCUUGAUGACAGUGUUCCUGUGAAUCAUAACCUGGCCAUUUAUGAUGGUCCUGAACAAAGAUUUUGUCCUGCAGGUGUAUAUGAAUAUGUGGAGUUGGAGGAUGGCAGUGGUAAAAGACUACAAAUUAACGCUCAGAACUGUAUACACUGUAAAACCUGUGAUAUCAAGGACCCUAGUCAGAAUAUAAACUGGGUGUGUCCUCAAGGAGGAGAGGGACCAGCAUACAAUGGGAUGUGAACAAAUAAGUGCGUCUUACUGGGAAACCAUUGCUGUGAUUCUCACUUUGUGUACCAAGGUGGACAAAAGUUAUCUGUUCCCAUUGAGUUAUUAUGCACCUCUGCAAUUGCCUGAUGUGAUAAAAUGAAAUACUUGCUUUUAUCUGCAAACAUACUCAGGGAUGCUUUCAAGGCUCAAUACAGUACUUGUAUAUUAAGCUUCUCUGAAACAGAAGACAUUAUCAUUUUUAUCAUCCUGUACACAUUAGUGUUGAUAAUCAUAACAAAGUUUCUCCUUUAUUUCUGUAAGUCUGCAUAUUCGUGUAUGUGAAGUUAAAAAGGAAAAAGGUUUUUGCCUAAACUGAAGCGAUAAUGAAUCUCAUGACAAUUAAGAGGCAUGUACAAGUAAAUCAGUUUUCCAAAAUGAAGGAGUCUGUAAAUUUUUUGGAAAUUUGAAAUGUCCUGUUUUAUUUUUGUAUAAAUUUUGUAUCAUUUUAAAGCUUGGCUUUGAAUAUUUUAAGUAUUAUAUUAAGUUAUAAUGUAUUAAAAGUUGUUGAAAUUUA